UAUAUAUAUAUGUCAGAUCUUGUAGGUACAUGGCUAAUACAGAAUGUCCGUUAUUACACUUUAUGUCACAAUAUUGAAUAUCAUGUCCCGUGAGUCAGGUGUGAGGUUCCCUGACUAACAGCGGUCAGGCUUUCUGCACUUAAAACAUUAUUUGUACUUUCGGAAUAUUUCCAUUUUUUCAUGCCGCUUUAAAAAUUUAGCAUAAGUAAUGAUGGAAAUAUAGCACUUAACUAUAUUUAUUAGACUAAAUGAAGUGAUCCUUGGACUGUGCAGUCAGUUAAGGUUAACGCUAGUAGGUGUUGAUUAACCUCUUCAUUACAAAGGUUGUCUUGCAGCAAACAGGCACAAUUCUCUACUGGCAGUUUACCUCCAGUUUGAGACGCAGGCCUCUCCAGGAUGAAAAGUGUCCGGGUUGUAGUGGUGGGAGCAGGCGUGAUUGGCUUCUCCACUGCCGUCUGCGUCGCCGAGGCGCUUCCUUUCUGCUCCGUGACUCUGCUGGCUGAGAAGUUCAGUCCAGACACCACCAGCGAUGGAGCUGCUGGGAUCCUGUUUGCUGGAAAGUUUCCAGAUAUUCCCUUGGAAAGACAAAGACGCUGGUUCAAGAACAGCUUUGAUCACCUGUUGGAUAUUGCUCAAUCCCAACACUCACCGGAAGCUGGAGUAAUGCUGAGCUCUGGUUGGCAGAUCUUCAAGGACGUUCCGGCCGAUAAGAAACCCUUCUGGUCAGAGUCUGUGAUUGGCUUUCGAUUCAUGACAGACAGUGAAUUGAAAAGGUUUCCAGAACACAAGUUUGGACAGGCGUUCACCACCAUUAAAUGUGAAUGUUCCAGCUACCUGCCGUGGCUCGAGAAAAGGUUCAGAAAGGCUGGAGGUCUAGUGGAACAGAGGAAGGUUAACAGUCUUCAGGAAUUAAGCAACAGCUAUGAUGUCAUUGUCAACUGCUCUGGGCUGGGCUCCAAACUGCUGGUGGGUGACAACAAGGUGUACCCCGUCAGAGGUCAGGUCCUCAAGGUGGAGGCCCCCUGGCUGCAGCACUUCAUCAGAGAUGGAGAUGGAAAGACCUACAUCUUCCCCGGCAUGCACUGCGUCACUAUAGGCGGCACGAGGCAGGAGGGGGACCGGCGACUACAAGUGGACGAGGGCGACACGAAGGGCAUCCUGGAGCGCUGCAGCGGGCUGGAGCCGUCCAUCAGUAAAGCCAAAGUUCUCGGCGAGUGGGUCGGUCUGAGGCCGAGCAGGAGGAACCCCAGGGUGGAGAGGGAGGUGGUGCAGCUGCAGGGCCGCAGGGUCCCUGUGGUCCACAACUACGGCCAUGGAGGCUGGGGAGUCACCCUCGCCUGGGGAACCGCCCUGGACGCACUGGGGCUGGUAAGGCAGUGCCUUCAUGAAAUGCCGCUACAGGCUAAACUGUGAACCAGGUCUGCCACUAAAUUCUGCUUUAAUCUGUGCCAAUAACACUUAUCUUUAAAACAAAAAUAAGACACCUUGGCAUUAAGAUAGACAACUAAUCAGAACUUAAAUCUUAAGAAUUUGCUGUAGGUUUAACAUUUUAUAGUGAUAAUGCGAAGAAAAAAGUAUGUGAAAAUAAUACAUUUUGGUGAACAAUUGUAUUGAAAUUGGUUAUGGGAGAAUGUAAUAUUUACAGAUUUUUAAAUGUUUAAAUAGUUGCCUUCGAGUACAGAGAUCUACUGUACUGAACUUAAUUGAAAGAUACCAACAUUUAUUGAUGUGAAAGUAGAGCAGUGAUUAACAAACUUGUUAGCAUUUUUACAAAGAAUAUAUGAAAGAAACCUUUAUUACUAAAAUGAAUGCACAGGAAAAAACACUACGUAAUUUACUGAUGUGAAAUAAACAGCUCUCGUUAACAUCUAAGACAAAUGCUUGCUGAGUGGAAUCCAAUUGUUCAACCGUUUAAAUUGCUAAACUUUGUUUCAACACUGGAAAUUAUAUUUCUGUGCCUUAAAACUGCUGAUCGUUUACUGCAUCAACGACAUUAUGAUAUGUAGUAUUCUCCAGUGUGUCAUUAGUUGCCAUCAGUACUUGCAUUUAGAUCAAGCAAUGAAUAGUUUAUUAAUAAACGCUUUGUUUGAUGAUCCGUAAAUGGCCACUCACUGCAGCGGGGUGAUGUUCGUGUAACUGCUGGACUCAGUUCCAGUCUCUACAAACUGGAUUCAUCUGAAAGGAGAACAUCUGAAAUAGAGACGGGGGUGUUCCAAGUCGACCAUACUGUAACCAGACUGAAGGUGUAGAAAGGUUAGUAAUAUGAAUUUAACACCGUCUUCACUUUAGGUACGUUACCUGAGGCAGGAAUAAUUCUACUAGACUGAAAACAUGAUUUUGAAAGAAACUGAAAAGGAAAUUUGUGUUUGGCGUAAUCCACAUCAACCUAUAAGAAAGCAACAAGGCUUUAUAUCUAUUGUAUUAUACGGUCUGGUUAUUGUGCCUAUAUUGUGCAAAAAUGUACCUAAGCUACGGUACUCCGCUUGCAUUUUUACCUCAGAUGAACAUGCAUCACGGCACACUACAAAUACAUGGUUGCAUUUUCAGAAAUAAUUGGUUAUUUGAAAAAAUAACAUGUAUUUAAAGGACCAGUGUGUUAAUUUUGGGGCCAUCUAUUGG